UUUUCUUUCUUGAAGUCUUGAAAAGGGUAUUCUGUGAUCAAUGGAAGCUUCUGCUACUCUUGCUCUUUCUCAAAUUCCAUGGGUUUAUCCCACAAAACCCCACCACAGUAGAGUUUAUCCUUUUGCUUCACCAUUGAAGCGAAGGAUCUCUCAACCCACCCACAUACAAUGCCAAAAGAUGUACGUACCUGGUGGGUCAACUCUGUUUCUCUGUGUGGUGCUUUCUGUUCUCUGUGUUCUUGUGUGUGUGUGUUGUGCAGAGUGUAAAAUUAUAAUAUGCUAUGGUGAGAUGAUGCAGGAUAUGGAGAAGGCAUCACCAGAAGCAAAGGCUGCCAAGAACCUCCACAAUUUCUUUACCUACAUUGCAGUUAAGAUUGUUUCUGCUCAACUUCAGAGCUACAAUCGUGAAGCAUACGAAGAAUUGAUGGAAUUCUUGAGUAGACACUCAUUGAAUGAUGGUGACAUGUUCUGUGCCAGCAUGAUGCGAGAAUCAUCUAGACAUAAGAGCUUAGCUCUCCGCAUACUCGAGGUGAGAUCAGCAUACUGCAAACAAGACUUUGAAUGGGACAACCUAAAGCGCGUCGCUGUUAAGAUGGUCAAUGAAUCAAACACGAGGCUGAUGAGGGAGUAUAUCUCGGAAACAAGUCCUGUAGAAACUGAAAUAUGAAUCAUGCCUUCUGUUGCCUCACCAGAUUGCACUAUAGCCCUCUAUGUACAGAGUAUUUUAUUCAUACAUGUCUGUGGAGAACUAAACUAUACGUCUCUUUGUUAAUCAUAGAGUCCUGUAGAUGUAGACAGUUAUGAUCAGACACAGAAUAAAUUCCAAAUGAUUGGGCUUGAUAUUUAUUGUAAAGACCCAGUUCUGUA